CUCUUUCACGUGUAAAUUAGCUUCCAUCUAACGCAUCUUUAUCCAAAUACUUAGCUUACAACUCAUCAUGAGCGAUUACAACCCGACGCCACGCUUGAGAAACGAAAUCAAAACGUACGAUGUACCGGCACCUAGACCGAUGACCUUGACGGACCAGCCGAUUAAGCAGUUGAGACGGGCAAUGUCACCGAUAAGACACAUCAGGGACCUCCCAACCAAGGAGUUGUUGUUUUUGAACAAGGAUACAGUGCCGAACUUCAACUAUGCCAACAUCCAGUUACCAAUUGCGGAAGGCUGUGUGUUGGUGCAGACCGAAUACACCCUCUUCAGCAGCAAGAUUGACUUGAACUAUUACCUCAACAGCGUGGACAGCACGUUGAAUUUGUCCAACAGCUUGACCGCGGCGUCGUACACGAAAAAGAGCUUGGGGCGCAUGUUUUUCGGUGAGGUUGCUGAGGGCUCACGCCAUGCCGACUUCCGCGUCGGCGACAAAGUAUGUGGUGUGUACUACCACUUGGAUGCGGAUCCUGCGAUGGGUACGUUGAACACGUUUUUGGUCGUGGAUCCAGCGAAGGACCCGAUCUUCACCAUCGCGGAAACGUAUCUUCUGGACUCCGCCGCGUUGUUCGAGGUGGACGAUGACAUCAGCGAGACCGGUUCGUCCUCAUCUAACUUACCAAGCGCGCUGUCCACGUCUAUGUUACUGAAGAACACGAAGCUCUACCGCAAAUUGGCUAUCAACUACAGCUUGUGGGCCUUGCACUACUGCUACUCAUUGCAGAUCUUGUCCCGCCACGCCGACAACUUCUUGCCGUCCACGUCCUUCUUAGUUAUCAACUCGCCUACCGAGGCUAAAACCAAAUGCGAUGAUCUUGUUGAGGGAGUCUCAUUGUCCGAUAUUUUGGUGUCUAACUUGAAGGACUUGUACCACGUUACUGAAAUCUGUUCCCUUAGCGUGAAUCCGGACGGCGCGGCUCCGAACCCCCACUUUGUCAAGACCUUCACCUUCAACCUGCAGACCGACGAUAAGGUGUCGUUGUACAACGAGUUACAAGGCUACUUGAACCAGUCCCGCAUGAAGUUCAACUACAUCAUCAAUAUGACCAACCCAGCCGCGCUCCCGUCCAUCAUCUCCUUCGACCGUAUUGCUCUGUUGUUGGCUCCUAAGGCCUCUGGCUCUGGCUUGAUAUCAGUGGCGUAUGGAUAUGACGCUGUGACCAAGCCAAAUCACCCUGUUUCUGCCACUACCGCCGGUGGUAGUGGGGACAGUAAGACCUGGGCCGGCUGGUUUGCCAACGCGACGACCCUGGUCAAUUCGCCACUUCUGUACAAUAUCUACAGCGAAAACAUGCUUGACCUGACCUUGCUCAACAAGAAGUUCCCGACGUUGAGCACAGGGCUACUCCCAGCUAAAUUUACCGAGUUCUACAAUACACACGUGUCGCGCGAGAUCGAGCGCUUGAAGGCGGCCAAGUUCUGUGCCACCACCGUCAGACAUUAUGAUUGGCAGGACUUCCGCGACGUGUUUACCAAGCUGGUCAGUGGCGUGAGGGGCAAGAGUGGCAAAAAGGCUGUCAACGUGGAUGACGACGACAGACGCAUUUUGUUCAAGUUGGAGAGCUUCUAAGGCGGUGCGAAUCCGGUAUUUGCAGCAUUGCCGUUGGUUUCUGUCAUGUCCGGUUAGAAGCUCUCACCCAUCCCGAUCGGACGUACUCGUCUGGUCCGCAUAAGGAUGUUCUUGUACGUAUCCUUACAAAGUGUUCAGUCAUAUAGUCAAUUCAAAAUGCGGUUGCCUAUACACCAUAUAAUGCAAUGUAACAUGCUUUUACACUUUUGGUAUGAGUAGACUAAUGUGAAAUAUAACCGUUUGAAAAGAAAAAUCAUGUUUUGAGCGUGGGACUGUGAGAGAGAAUUGUGCCGGUGUUGUGGAAAUUUCUUCAAUACACUCCUCUUGCGGGUGUCUGAAACAGAUUUAAAACAUAAAUAUUCAACGAUUUGAUAUAACGGUAAACGGAGUGCUAUAUACAUAUAUCUAUACGUUUAUUUAUAACCUGGCC